AUGAAUUAAGCUUUAAACGAUAUAUCUUCUAUAUUAACCUUAGCAAUAUACUCACUUGUUCUUUAUCCUUUCUUCUGGUUUAUAUUAAUGAAAUAUAAGUAUGGGGAUAAAAUAAAAGUUUUCUUUAACAUAGGCUAGGGAAUGCUGAAAGAAUACAAAAAAGGCCUAAUUGAAAAAAAUGAUGGAGUUGCAUUCAUUCGCAAUAUGCAUCAAAAAAAUUUAAAGGCUAUGGCUUUCAAUUAUGGAUCAAAAGUAGGGUUUAGCUUUUUAGACCCUGAACUCAUAAAAUAAGUUCAUCAAAACCAUGAAUAUUUCAUUAAAAUGGAUGCAACUAUGGCUGUCACAUUUUUAUUUGGUAAUUCAAUCCUUUAUGCUAAAGGAAAAGAAUGGCAAAAACAAAGAUAAUUCUUAGGGAAAUCGUUCCAUUUUGAUGAGAUAAAAAGUUAUUUUCCUUAAAUCAAAGAGAUAUGCUAAAAUACAUUUAGAAAUACUUAUCAAAAGUUGACUAAUGAAGAACAAAUCAAUAUAUAAGCUGUAAAAAUAUGUGAAACAGUUACUUCAGAAGUGAUAUUUAGAACUUUUUUUGGAAAAACUUCUCAAAAUUUAAACAUUACAAAGAAAGAUGGUAGCUAAAUUUUACUUGCUUUUGAGCUUGUGGAAGUAGUUAAGAGUGCAUUUUAAAUGUUGACCAUUGAUAAAAUAGCCCUUAUAAAAUGGAUUUUUCUAUAAAGAAACAGUGCUAGAUAUUUUAGGACUGAAAAAGAAGAAGAUUUAUUUUAACGCCUUACUGCUAUAAAGGAAUGUUGUCUUCAAAUAGUAUAAAAAAGAAGAGAUGAACUGAUAAAAGAACCUACUUAAGCGAAAAAAAUUUUCUUAGAUUAAUACUUAAUUGAUACAAUGCAAAACUAAUCAAGCUAAGUUACUGAUGAUGAAAUUAUUGAUAACUUUUGCGGUAUGUUUUUUGCAGGUACUGACACCACUGCUAACAUGACUGGAGUCGCUCUAUACUAUCUUUCAAUCUACCCCGAAAUUCAGAGAUAGGCUAGAGAAGAAAUAAUAAAAAUACUUUCUUCUAAAUCAAAUGAUAAAAACCCUGACUCACUAUUCAGUUAGUUUUCUAUUGAAGACCUCUCAAAUCUAGACCUAAUUAAUUCUAUUUUGAAAGAAUCUAUGAGAUUAAUCCCACCUGCAAUUUAAGUAUUCCCAAGAAUUGCUUGCUAGGACAUUAAAAUUGGAGAAUUUGAGAUCAAAAAAGGAUAAUUAGUUACUACAAAUUUUGUUUACAAUCAAUCAAAUCCUGAAAUAUUUCCUAAGCCAGAUAAUUUUGAUCCAUUUAGAUGGAUGAAUGAAGAUAACACUUAGAGUAAUACAUUUAACUUUACUCCUUUCUCUUAAGGCCCAAGAAAUUGUAUAGGUCAGCAUCUUGCAAUGAUAGAAGGCAAAUGCAUGUUAGUUUAUAUUUUGCUUCUAUUUGAUAUUCUACCAAAUCCAUCAGUUUUGGUGGCGAAGGAAGUCAAAGUAAUAUAUGGGUUUUAAAACGAUAAUCUAAUUUAUUUCAAAAAAAGAUAAAAUAUAAUUUGA